AUGCGGUCGUUUCGUAAGCGCGGGGUGAUUCCGCUUCUAUUAGGAGCGAUUAUAGGCUUAUUGCUCGUUCUUGGAAUUAUUGCUGCUGUUUUGGUCGUUUGGAUAACUCGUAAGAAACGGCUGAAGCAUUCAUCAAGGAAAAAGAGCAAAAAAAGCAAGAAGAAGAGUGGCAAAGGUAAAAAAGGAUCCAAGGAUGGAUCGAAGACAAAGAAUAAAAAACGAGAUGAUGAUAAGAAGCCUCCAGAAAAAUCAGCAGGAAAAAAGGAGAAAGGCAAAGAUGACAGAAAGCCAGCUGGAAAGGCUGCUUCAAAAAUGGGUGAUGUGCCGCCAAAGUCCGCUAUGGGAAAAGCUACUUCAAAAAUGGGCAAUGUACCGCCAAAAUCCGGUAUGGGUAAACCACCGAAAUCCGCUAUGGGAAAAGCCACUUCGAAGAUGGGCAAUGUACCGCCGAAGUCCGCUAUGGGUAAACCACCGAAAUCCGCUAUGGGAAAAGCCACAUCAAAAAUGGGCAAUGUCCCGCCCAAAUCUGCUAUGGGAAAGCCGCCAAAAUCCGCCAUGGGAAAAGCCCCUUCGAAAAUGGGUAAUGUGCAGCCUAAAUCCACUAUGGGAAAGGCUACUCGAAAAAAGUGA